GUUUUGAUCGUUACAUACAUACUGUGAUAGUACGUCACGCCAAGUUCAGUGCAGUGAAGUACGUCCGAACGAUGCGAGGCAAAUGCCGUACCUGUAUUACGCGAAACUAAAACGAGGUGAGGUAUCGAUAUCUCAGCAAUGGCUCAACCGAUCGAAAUUUUUUUAGUCUUAAUCAAUUCGGCCAAAAAAUGGCAGGAAAAGUAUUCUCGUAUUUUUCGUAUAUGUUGUCUCCAAACGGAGAUAUUUUAAGAUAAAGUCCGAAUCACGGAAAACUUCGACUCAAGAAAGAACUAAGAAAUACUAGACGCUCAGAUGGGUAAAACGUGUAUCUCGCUUUUUCAACACCAGAGACGUUACAAGCGCGCUGAAAGAGCAGGCAGCAGCGAAUGCGAGUGAGCGAGCAAGAGAAAGUGAGAGAGAUAAGAAGGUAUGUUAUUUAGAACACAGGAAGAGAAAACAUGCAAAUGAGCGAGACAGAGAAAAAGAAAGAGAGAGAGACUCGAUAAAAGUAAUAAGGACUGUUUGCGACAUGGUGGGGACCAGGAAAAUUGAUAGCAAAUGGAUGUGUGCAAGAAGACAAGUCAGACGAGGUAUGUCUUUAGCUGCGAAGAGUCCUUGGAACCGGAAACCUGUGACCAAGGCUGUUAUCAAGAAUGCCAACUGGCGUGGCGAGCCUCUCACUGACGCUACUAACGUUACUCCUGUCGUUAAUCCUGUCACCGAUAUAUGGGAAGGAUGUUGGAGAAGGAUGUACGAUUAGCAAUUCAAGCGGGUUCUUGACGUCAGGUGUAUGCAAGCUCCUGGAAGAUUGCCCGCCAGUUUACGACGCAUUGUUAGCCGGAAACUCACCAACUACAUGCGGAUUUAUACAUUUUAAACCGAUAGUCUGUUGCCCGACAAACAAUGAAAACGGAAAGAAUAUCACCACGGAAAGGAUAACAUCAAAACUAACCACAAGCUCCACCGAAAGAAUAAGCACGCCGCGGACUUUGAUAUUUGACAACAGCAGAGGAUCAUUAGCGCGAGCAAAAUGUGCAGAAAAUGCGGUAGAUUUUGACUUGAAAUUACCAGGGACGAUGAACGGUCCCAUGAGCACAAGGAUACGGAAGCGGCAAAUAAGCUUAUUCAUCACCGGAGGUAAGAAAGCUGUGCCGAAAGAAUUUCCCCACAUGACAGCCAUUGGAUUCGAAAAUGGAGAGAAUAAGACACUAUGGCUAUGUGGUGGUAGCUUGAUUUCCGACAGAGUAGUACUGACAGCGGCCCAUUGUAUUUAUAACCAAGACUGGGGAGUCGCGAAGUGGGUACGAGUCGGCGACUUGAAUCUAGCGCGAAUGAAUGAUAGUGCAAAUCCGCAAACUAUCAGAAUCGUCGAAAGAAUAUCGCAUCCUGAUUAUAAAAGGCCGUCGGUGUAUCACGACAUAGCCAUAAUGAAGUUGGAAACCCCAGUUACCUAUACCGCAUGGGCCAGGCCGGCAUGUCUCCCGGUUGAUUUGCCUGAUACUGGUACUGAUGGCGAAGCAGUUGCUACUGGAUGGGGACGUGUUGAUUGGGCCGCAGAACAUGGCUCCGAUAAUUUACUGAAAGUGACGCUCAGUUUGAUUCCGCAACAGUCCUGCAAUGAAAGCUUUUUCGAUGCCGAUAGCACUACCAAUCUCGCACAAGGCAUUGUUGGCGAAUGGCAAAUAUGUGCGGGAGAAGAAGAAAAAGGCACUUGCCCGGGUGACAGCGGAGGACCUCUGGCCGUUUUUAACCCAAUUCAUGACAAUAUAUAUAACAUAAUUGGUAUUACGAGUGUAGGACGACUGUGCGGAAGCAUCGUACCUACUAUAUAUACUCGAGUCUAUCACUAUAUCCCCUGGAUAGAAAAAGUGACAUGGCCGGAGUACUUCAAAAAUAAUCAGGAAAAUUAGGAAUUAACUUUUAAGUAUAUUUUUAUCUUUAAGUGUAAUUUAUCUUUAAGUAUAAUUCAUAAUAUUUUUGUCUUUAUGAAAAUUACUUUAUAAUCUUAAUCCUAUUCUCCUCUUAUUUUAAUUCCAGUUAUACAGAGUGUCUGACACAACAUAUACAUCUGUAUAUAAAAAUUAUGAAGCGAAAAUGCCUUUUAUUAUGUUACAAAUUAUGAUACUUAUUAAGAUAUUAAAUAAAAAUUUGGUGAAAAAAUACGUA